AACAUGGAUCCAAGAGAUCGUUGACAUGAUCCAACAGGAAGGUGAUGUGGAGAAAUGCCAGCGAGCUCCCCUGCAUCGCCGACACCCAUUCAUUGAAUGGGCACGGCCACCUCAGCCCUCAGGGGUGGACCAAGCAGAAGCAAUGCCUUCCCCACGGACUCUAAAGACUCAUCUGCCUGUGCAGCUGCUCCCUCGUUCAUUUUGGGAACAAAACUGUAAGUUCCUUUAUGUGGCCAGGAAUGCCAAGGACUGCAUGGUGUCCUAUUUCCACUUUCAAAGGAUGAGCAAAGUGGUCCCUGAUCCUGGAACAUGGGAUGAAUAUUUUGAGGCUUUCAUGGCAGGCAAAGUUGGAUGGGGCCCAUGGUACGACCAUGUGAAAGGCUGGUGGAAGGCAAAAGAUACCCACCAUGUGCUCUACCUCUUCUAUGAAGAUAUCAAAAAGAAUCCAAAACGUGAAAUCCAGAAAGUGAUGCAGUUUAUAGGGAAGCAACUAGAUGAGGUGACACUGGAUAAGAUUAUUCACCAGACCUCAUUUGAAGUCAUGAAGGACAACCCCAUGGCCAACCGGGCUGGAGUGCCCCUCUCGAUCAUGGACCAGUCCAUUUCUCCAUUCAUGCGGAAAGGGACAGUUGGUGACUGGAAGAACCAUUUCACAGUGGCUCAGAAUGAGAGGUUCAAUGAAGACUACCGAAGGAAGAUGGCAGACACUACCCUGACUUUCUCAAUGGAGCUCUGAGGUCCCAAGCUUCAGUGCUGGGAAUCCUGAAAAGGAUUCCCUGUAAAGGAGGAUUCUUCUCAGCUCAAUUCUGUCCUCAAGGGUCUAAUUUUUUCCAGCAGGUCUGUAGACACUUAUAAUGUCAAAUAAAAAAGCCUUUA